UGAUCACUCGUCUAAGAAUACUAUUUGUUGCAGUACCCGAUAAACUUGCUAGGAUGAAGUUGCUUUUCACACUCGCUGUGUUGUCUUUGGUUGCAAUAGCCAUGGCCAAUGCAGGACGAACGGCCACACGCUAUGAUAACUUCAAGGUAUACAAAGUCUUUAUCAAGAACCGUCUGCAGCUGGAGGAGUUUAAGAAAAUCCACCACCAAAUACCCGUGCAUUUUCUAAAUGAGAUUGCGGGUCCUGGUCGCAGCUAUGAUAUAGUUGUGGCACCCGGGCAUCAGCGAGCCAUAGAGAAGCUUUUUGACUUUUUGGAAAUUGUCUUUGAGACCGUGAUCGAGGAUCUGCAAAAAGUGCUGGACAUGUCGGCCUACUCCUCUGGCUCCGACAUGGACUGGGAUACGUAUCAUGAAUUGGAUGUAAUUUAUGAUUGGAUUGAUCAGCAAUGUGACAAGCAUGACUUCCUGGAUUGCGACGUCAUCGGGCACUCGCACGAGGGGCGUGCCAUCAAGAGUGUCAAAUUGUCUAAGAAAGGCGGCAACAAGGCCGUAUUCAUUGAGGGAAACAUUCAUGCCAUGGAAUGGAUUUCGUCAGCCACCGUAACCUAUAUUUUGAAUCAGCUUAUUAACUCGGACGACUCCAAGAUGCAAGAGUUGUCCGAGAAAUACGAUUGGAUCUUUGUGCCCAUGGUUAAUCCAGAUGGCUUCGUAUACACUCACGAAGUGGAGCGUUUAUGGCGCAAGAAUCGUCGCCCCAGCGGCUACACCAACUCCUCGGGCGAUUGCUAUGGCAUUGAUAUGAAUCGUAAUUUCGAUUACCAUUGGGGCGGCGCUGGCUGGAACAUAGAUGAACCUUGUGAUCAUUGGUUUGGUGGAGACGAGCCUAACACUGAAGUCGAGAUUGUUGCAUUGCAGAAGUUUGUCAGCUCCUUCGAUGAUGGCUAUAUACGCUCAUACAUGGCGUUCCAUGCUUACGGCCAGUACAUUCUGCUGCCCUACGGCCAUUCGAACACCGAGUUCCCGCCCAAUUACGACCAAAUGAUGCGCAUUGCCGAGGCAUUUGCCGAUAGCGCCGUUGAACCCUACGGCUCGAAGUUCACAUAUGGUGCCAGCGGCUUGUUGAACUAUGUGGUGUCCGGCGCUGCCAAGGAUUGGGCGUAUGGAGAGAAGAAAAUCCCUUUCACCUGCACUGUCGAGUUGCGUGACAAGGGCACAUAUGGUUUCUUCCUGCCGUCAAACCAGAUCACGGAAGUGGGCGUCGAGGUUACGGAAGGUCUAAAGGCUUUGAUUGACAAGGCCGAGGAUGAGGGCAUAUUCGACUGAGAACACGACUUGAAGUAAAACACAUUGUUAUUGAGCAUAUAAAAAAUUGUUACUUGAUUUAAGUUAAUACUCAAGUUAAACAGCAAACUUUAUUGAAAUGUUAAAUUAACCAAACAA